GGAUGAUCCUAACCAAUCAGAGGACGAGCGUGGCGGACGGAGCUUGGCACAGCAGAGGACACGGCUGGUGGGCGACCUGCUACCCAGAGUGGCCCUGAGAGGCGGACAGGUAAAGGAAAAUAUUAAGGAAGUCCCUAAUAGAAUGGCUACUGCCCUUUGUAGCAGAGCCAGACUUGUCACCUACCUCCCAGGGUUCUGCUCCCUCAUAAGGCGGGUGAGGGGAACUCGAGCUUUUUCUGCUGCCGGAUCCUCAGGCUCCGAUGAACCUUACAUCGCUGCUGCACCGCCGGACAUAUUACCCCGGACAGUUUGGCCUGAUGAAGUAAUGGGACCGUUCGGUCCCCAGGACCAGCGCUUUCAGCUCCCCGGAAAUGUUGGCUUUGAUGCUCAUGUGAAUGGAAUGAACAAUCGGAGGAAAGUUCAAGUGCAGAAAAAUUUACCGGAUCUCCUGUCCGAACCUGCUGCCGGCGAGAGACACGAGUUUGUAAUGGCGCAGUUUGUCAACGAGUUUCAGGGAAAUGAAGAGUCUCUUCAGCCGCAGGAGGUAAACAGCAUGGGGACCUACUUUGAAAAUGCAAAAGUAGAGUGUGCCCUGCAGUCCUGUCCAGAGCUACUGAAAAGAGAUUUUGCGUCCAUGUUCCCUGAGGUUGUUGGCAGCAACUUAAUGGUUUUAACAGUCACCCAAAGAACCGAGAAUGACAUGACCACGUGGAGUGAGGACGUCGAGAAUGAAAGAGAAUCUAUGUUGGAGAAGUUUAUUAAUGGCGCCAAGGAAAUUUGCUAUGCCCUAAGAUCUGAAGGAUACUGGUCAGACUUCAUUGACCCAUCAUCAGGACUGGCGUACUUUGGACCUUACACAAAUAACACGCUCUACGAAACCGACGAACGUUAUCGACACCUUGGAUUUCGAGUCGAGGACUUGGGCUGCUGUAAAGUGAUCCGCCAUAGUGUCUGGGGAACACACGUCGUCGUGGGAAGCAUAUUCACCAAUGCUCCGGCCGAAAGCGCCAUCAUGAAGAAGUUGGGGGAAAUCUAAUGCAGAGUUUUUACUCCCCAGUCAUUACCUCUAUACUUGAAGCUUUAUCUUCCUGACACUUGAAAAGGGGGGGAAGACAUUACUUCAGAGGACAAACUGUGCAAGUGUAUUUAUAUAACCUAAGCCUACGGAUUAUUUAUGAGAAGCAGGAUCACCCGCCAAAUGAUGAUCAUUGUAAACUGUGACGGCUCAAUCUUUUCCGUGUAACGUCUAUGGCCAUUGUGAAUGGAUUCACGACCUCAAAGAAUGACAUCUUUAAUAAAAGUUAUUUUACAAAUUA